UUACUUCCUGUUACACUUCCGCCCGUACUUCAAGCUGCGCGUCGUUUGUACGCGACUCUACGUCAGACGUCAUUCUCACUGGGAAAGAUGGCUGCUCGGGCACCAGUUGCCGCAUCAGGCCGACUCAUUGACGGUUUGAGGAAAUGGUACUAUAAUGUUGCCGGAUUCAACAAACUCGGUUUAAUGAGAGAUGACACAAUUUAUGAAGAUGAUGACGUGAAAGAGGCAGUAAGGAGGCUGCCACCUAAAGUUUAUGAUGACAGAAUCUUUCGAAUCAAGAGGGCAUUGGACCUGAACAUUAGACAGCAGCACCUCCCAAAGCAACAGUGGAUUAAAUAUGAAGAGGAUGUUCACUAUCUGGAACCAUACCUCAAGGAAGUGAUUCGUGAAAGAAAAGAAAAACAAGACUGGAUGAAGAAAUGAUGUGCAAAUGCUGUUUUCUGGGAAAGUUUAUGUAAAUGUCUUGUCUAUUGAAACAGAGCCUGUCCCUUUGUACUUGUGGGGCUGGCCAAGAAAUAAACAUUCGGAAUGAACAUCA